AUGGCAGAACUGCUAUGCAUCAUUUGCAAGGUAGAUUUGAUUCGUCUGAAGGAAGCUGAUGAAAAUCUUAACUUCUGUUUCCCAGAGGAAGCAUUUAAUGGGGCCAGUGAACUAAGCUCAAAGGGUUGGUCAGUGGCAAACGAAAACAUUCAGAAAUUGAUUAAAGUCCUGCAUUCCCAGUUAAAGAAAACUCUUUUAGAUUGCGUAAGAAAGAACAAUCAUCUGUUCCAUGUUUCUGGAGCUGAAGGUGGUACAGAUAUUUAUCUCACAAGGCGUGCUGCUGCAAGGAGGAAUUUGCUUCAGAACAUUGCAAAGACCCCAGCCCCAGCCCCAGCCCCAGCCCCAGCCUCAGAGCCAGCGCCUGCUGUUGGAUCACCAUCUCCUAGCCCUGCUCCAGCCCCAAAUCUGGCACCUUCUUCAGUUUCUACUCCAACCCCUGCCCCUUCACCACAAGAGCCAUUUUUUCCUCAACUAUCUCCACCUCCUCCCAGUCCUACCGAAAAUGCUUCUGCAGGUCCAACUUCUGGUCCUAUCGAGCCAGAUAAUGGCAAAAAUAACCAUAAAACAGUUGUUAUUGCAGUAGUUGUGACUGCUGCAGUGACAUUUGUUGUUGCGGCAUUGUUCUUUUUGUUUUGUACUAAGAUUUGUAGGAGAGGACCUGCAGGUAGAAGAAAUGAUGAAAGACCCCUUCUUAGCCUAAGCUUAACUGACAAUUCUGUUGGUUCUACACAUAAAACUUUUGGCUUAGGAAAUUCUAUUGAAGAAGAGAAGCUUGGUCAUCAAUCUUUUGGAUCAUCUUUGGAGAGCAAUUUUUAUAAGUCUGAUGCUCUUAAUGUAUCGCUAGAUGAAAGUAUGUCAUUAGGAGCUGUUGGCGGUGCUGCCAAAUCCUCUGCUGACAGCAAGAUGAACACACUUGUACCACCUCCUCCAGGAAGGACAGGGAGCAACCCCUUUUUGAAGCUUCCUCCUGGAAGGGCAGAACCACUUCCUCCAGAACCGCCUGCUAAUCUCAGGCCUCUUCCCAGUAGGGCUGGUCCUACUCCUCCCCCUCCCGCACCACCUGCCCCUGCAAAAUCAUCCAGUAGCGCUGGCCCUCGACCCCCUGGUCCACCUCCUCCUCCACCUAUUGCUCCUGCAGUGAAACCUGGUCCACGGCCUCCACCACCUCCAAUGGGAGGUUCUGCUCCUCGACCACCACCACCAAUGCACUCAUUAGGUCCAAAGGCUCCUCGACCACCUCUUGGAUCAAAACAUCCUUCCAAUUCUGCGUCUAGUGAGGAUGAUGCUGAUGCUCCUAAAGCCAAGUUAAAGCCAUUUUUCUGGGAUAAAGUUCUAGCCAACCCUGAUGAUUCAAUGGUUUGGCAUCAGAUUAAAUCAGGAUCAUUCCAGUUCAAUGAGGAGAUGAUAGAAACCCUGUUUGGAUAUGCACCUGAUAAAAACAAAAAUGAACGCAAGAAAGAGUCUUCUUCCCAUGAUCCUUCACCCCAGUUUAUUCAAAUACUUGAUCCCAAAAAGGCACAAAAUUUAUCUAUUCUUUUGCGGGCACUGAAUGUGACGAUAGAAGAAGUCUGCGAUGCACUUCGUGAAGGUGGAAACGAGCUUCCUGUAGAGCUUUUUCAAAAUUUGUUGAGGAUGGCGCCCACAGCAGAUGAAGAACUGAAGCUUAGGCUCUACAGUGGUGAACUUUCUCAACUUGGACCUGCUGAGAGAUUCCUAAAAGCGUUGGUUGAUAUCCCAUUUGCAUGUAAACGACUGGAAGCACUGCUUUUCAUGUGCACUCUACAGGAAGAGCUUACCACCAUUAAAGAGUCUUUUGAAACCUUGGAGGUUGCUUGCAAGGAACUCAGAAACAGUCGAUUGUUCCUCAAGCUUCUAGAAGCUGUUCUUAAAACAGGCAACCGGAUGAAUGAUGGAACAUUCCGUGGUGGUGCACAAGCAUUCAAGCUUGACACACUUUUGAAAUUAUCUGAUGUAAAGGGAACAGAUGGGAAGACGACUCUCUUGCACUUUGUUGUUCAGGAGAUAGUUCGCUCUGAAGGUGUGAGAGCUGCUCGUGCAGGACGAGACAACCAGAGCCUCUCUGGUAUCAGUGUAAAAACUGACGAUCUCCUUGAGGAAAUUUCCCCUGAUACAGAAGAGCACUAUCGCAGCCUUGGUCUUCAGGUUGUUUCUUGUUUGAGCAGUGAACUAGAAAAUGUCAAAAGAGCAGCAGUUGUGGAUCCUGACAGCUUAACAGGAUCUGCAGCCAAACUUGGGCAGUCACUGUUGGUAACCCGAAAUUUCCUGAAUAAAGACAUAAAGAAUUUAGAGGAAGAUAGUGGAUUCCAUGAAACGUUGAGAAGUUUUGUGCAGAAUGCUGAGGUUGAUAUCAUGUCCCUUCUGACAGAAGAAAAGAGAAUUAUGGCUCUGGUGAAGAGCACUGGCGAUUAUUUCCAUGGAAAUGCAGGGAAGGAUGAGGGUUUACGAUUAUUCAUCAUUGUAAGAGACUUUUUAAUAAUAUUAGAUAAGGUAUGCAAAGAGGUGAGAGAGGCACAAAAGAGGUCAGCGAAAACACUGAAAAAAGAGGCAUCUACUGCAUCAUCGCCCUCUCAUCAGCGCCAGAAACCCUCGCCUGAUCUUCGCCAACGGCUAUUUCCAGCGAUUGCAGAGCGACGUAUGGCAGGUUCUGAUUCUAGUUCGGAUGACGAGGGUUAA